GUGAACAGAGCUGGUCGAGCGCUCUUAAUAAAGAAAAAUCAACUUUUAAUCCUUUUCAAUUUAUUUCUGUGAAUUAAAAAAAUUCUUUGAGCACAAAAAUGAACAAUAAGAAGCAUAUUGACAACAAAUAUGACGAGGAGAAUGACGAAGCUGCACCAAUAGUAACGAAACGCGAUGUGCAUCGCCUGUGGCUGCAAAUGGUUUACCAAAUAGGCGUGGAUAGAUACACCUCCGAUGAAUGGCAGGCGCAUUAUCAAACCUUCUGGGACACGAUGAAAACCAAAAUGGGGCCGCCCGAGUUGCGCAUAAACGAUGUAUCGGAGUUGCUCGCACACUGCAUGGCUCCAGCGAUGGCAGGGGCUGCGGCACCAACUGCGGCUGCGUCACCAAUUGCGGCUGUGACUCCGGCUGCAUCGCCAGCGUCACCGGUUGUGAUACCGGCUGCUUCACUGGCGGCUUCAUCGAUUGCUUCACCCAAUGUGCCAUCCGAUACUACACCGACUGCUUCACCGCAUGCUACUCCGACUGCUUCACCGUUUGCUUCACCAGCUGCUUCACCGCGUUUUUCACCGCCUGCAUCACUGCCUACGACACCAGCUGUGGCUCAUGUUGAUUGGCCCGAUGAACCAGUGAGAAAAGUAAGAUUUCCCCCGCUGCGAUAUGUGCUAACUGAGGAGAGGCGAUUGGCAGCACUGCAGCAGCAGCGUGCGUGGGUUGAGUUUACGAUGGCGACAAAGAAAGCCGCAAGAUUACGCGAGCAGCAGCAGCGAGAGGAGGAGGAGGAGCAGCAGCAGCAGCAGCAGCGAGGGGAGCAGGAGGAGCAGCAGCAGCAGCAACGAGAGGAUGAGGAGGAGCUGCAACAACGAGAGGACGAGGGGGACGAGGAGGAGCAGCAGCAGCUGCAACGAGAGGACGAGGAUGACGAGGAGGAGCAGCAGCAGCAACGUUCCCCAAUGUCGUCGGAUGCGGCCAAUGAUACGGAAACGGUUGAGUCACCACCCCAAGCAGCUGAACAGGCUGAGAUUGAGCACAACGAGCACAAUGCACAAGAUGAAGACAACGAUGAACAGAUCGUUGAUAAUGGAGACAACGAUGAACAGAUCGUUGAUGACAAAGACGACGAUGAACAGAUCGUUGAUGAUGACGAUAAAGAGGAAGAGAAUAAUGAGUUACCGUUAACCCAAGCGGAGCUACUAGCUGAGACUGAGCCCAAUGUGAACCGUGCAUACGAUUUUGAUAAUUAUGAAGCUAAUAAUGAAGGUCCUUUCUAUGAAAUUGAUGACAAUAUGGAUGAAGACACUGAAGAAGAUAUUGACGAAUACUCUGAUGAAGAGAUGGGUGAGGAAUAUGAUGGAGAAGAAGAAUUUGAAGAUACCGAUGAAGAGAAUUAUGAGCAUAGUUAUGAAAAUAAUUAUAUGCACACUUAUGAUGAUAAUUAUGUGCAUUAUUAUGAGGAAAAUAAUGUGCACACUUAUGAGGAAAAUAAUUCUGUGCACAAUUAUGAGAGCAGUGAUGAAGAAAUUGAUGGAGUUAUUGAUGUAGAUAAUUACGAGCCUAACUAUGCAGGCAACUAUGAAUCUAACUAUGAAGGCAACUAUGAACCUAACUAUGAAGGCAACUAUGAACCUAACUAUGACCCUAACUAUGAAUCUAACUAUGUAGGCAACUAUGAAUCUAACUAUGCAGGCAACUAUGAAUCUAACUAUGAAGGCGGCAACUAUGACCCUAACUAUGAAGGCAACUAUGAAGUGAUGAACAUAGCUAUGAAGAUUAUGAAAAUAUGGAUGUAGAAUAUGAUGAGCAAAACGAUAGAGCAUAUUAUAAUAUUGAAGAUAAUGAUGAGGACAGUACUGAAGAUGAAAUUGAA